AUGGAUGCGGCGCCCCAGCAGCAGCCGGGCUUCGCCGCGGCGUUGUCGGACGGGUUCUCCGGGCUGAAGGAGCACCUGCUGCAGCAUCACGAGAACGAGAUCGCGCGCUUCAAGGACGAGUGCGGCCGCCUCCAGAAAGAGGUGUCGGUGCUCCGCGUCCACCUCGAGAAGUCCAACGAGCACCUCCUCUCGCUGGACGGAGGAUGUGUGCGGCGAGCGCAGACGGAUCCCGCCAGCUACAGGACUAGGUCGGAGCCAGUGUCGGUCCAGGACGCGCCAGAGAUUCCGGUCGAGGAGACAUACUCCCCGACCGUUUCCGCCGAGGUUUCCAGGGGAACGCGCAAGGGCCGGCGCUCCAAGGAGGCCCCAGCCCCGCUGACCUUUGUGUCACCCGCCGUCUCCUUCAAUGACAAGGACUUGAUCAGCAAGGAGGGCAGUGCCGGAGCGCUCUCGGCGCACGCGUGCCCGCCGUCGCCCCGGCGGCGCCGGCGGGGACAGACCGCCUUCCCCGGCGAGGGCUCCCGCUCGCCGACGCGGCAGCGCACCAUGGAGCCCCAGGCGAGGAGGUCCUUCGAGAGGUCGAAGUCCCCUUACACGCCCGAGGAGACGCUGGCCAUCGCGCGCGGGCUCUUCGACUCCAAGACGCCCCGGGAGGAGACAGCGCCGGCGCCGAGCGAGGCCAGCAAGGGGCUUUCCUCUGCGCCGGGUAGCGGCGGUGACAUGCUGUGCGUGGCCCCCGUGGAGGCGGGCGCCGAGACGCAGCGCCGGCGGCGCCGUCCGACCCUCACCCAGUCAAUGAGCAGCCAGCUGGCCCCAGGCGGCGGCGCCCAGCCCGAGGGCGCGGGCCAGGGCCUGGGCCUGGGCGCGCGCAAGGGGAGCCUCGGCAGCCUGAGCGUCGAGAGCGCAGACCAGGCCGCCCCAGGCUCCGUGGGCGCCUCGGUGCACUCCAACUCCAGCAGCAGGGCCGGCGACCACUUCCACCUGCGGGAGGAUGAUAGUCAGAAGCACCACUCUACGAAGGCUGCCUGUGGGAACUAG